GUGAACAAAAAUAGGGGCAGUUAGCUCGACUGCUUCUUUGCGAGUCGAGGCUGGCUUGACCACCGCACUUUGAGCCGGGUCCCCAGAAUUCUUUAUUCGAGUCGACACAACAUUCGCCACCGUGUUGUCGACUUGGCUCGUACCAACGAUAAUGGCUGAACAAGCAAGCUUUGCUGAUACCACCGUUCACCUGGAUGUUAAGGAUUAUUAUGGAAAGACAUUGCAGAAAACAUCCGAUUUAAAGAGUAAUGUCUGUGUGGCUCCAGCGGGGCCUCUCCCAAAACUCAUCCUCCAGGCUUUGAGGAAAGUCCAUCCUGAUGUGACUGACAGAUAUUUUGGUUGUGGUCUGGCUGUGCCAGAAUGUUUGGAGGGCUGCAGGAUUCUGGACUUGGGUUGCGGGAGUGGCAGAGACUGCUACAUCCUAAGUCAACUGGUGGGAGAGGCUGGCCACGUCACUGGCAUCGACAUGACUGAGGAUCAGCUCGAAGUGGCCAGGAAACAUGUGGACUUUCACAUGAAGGAGUUUGGCUAUCAGAAGCCCAAUGUAACUUUUGUCCAAGGCUACAUCGAGGCCUUAACAGAGGCAGGUCUGGAAAAGAACUCCUUUGAUAUCAUCAUCUCCAACUGUGUAGUGAAUCUUUCUCCAGACAAGAAGAAAGUCCUCGCUGAAGCUUACAACGUACUCAAGGAUGGUGGUGAGUUUUUCUUCAGUGACAUGUACAGCAAUGGAAGACAAACGGAGGACAUUAAAAACAACAAAGUUCUUUGGGGUGAGGGUUUCGGUGGUGCGCUAUGGUACAAAGAUCUGCUGCAGUUGGCUGAGGAAGUCGGAUUCAGACCUCCGAGGCUCGUCAAAGCCAAUAAUAUUUCUGUUGACAACAAAGAAAUCCAAGCCAUUCUGGGUGACUUCAAGUUCGUCGCUGCCACAUACCGUCUGUUUAAGGUCCCAAAGGGCAGUGCGAAGCCAUGUAAAGCAAUUUAUAAUGGAAACACUAGAGGGGUGGAGGACUCCCUCCACUUUGACUGCCAGUACACCUUCAAGGCUAACCAAGCGACAGAGAUCGAUGGCGAACUGGCCUCUGUCCUAACCCAUUCCAGAUAUGCGCAGGCCUUCACUUUCCAGCCGCCAGGAAGCUCUUGUGAACCAUGUCAACUCAAACCUAAGGCCGGCUCUUGGGAUCCUUUUGAGCUUGCUGUGCAGCUGCAGAAACCGAGUGCAGGCUCAGCCACAGGGGGAUGCUGCAGUACACGGUCUUGAAGCUGCUGCCUGCUAGUGAUUGUGGGAAAGGAGCACUGCCGCAAUGUUCCGAAUCUUAGUAUCAUAAUGGAAUUGCACUGUAACAAUAAAGUAGUUUGAAAGUCACAAAUGAUUGUUUUUCCGUAAGUGAGCUAACAAAAGAAGUGUCCAAUUUCUGGGGCGAAGGAGUAAAUACACGAUGGUAAAAACCUGUUAAAUUGGUUAGAAGUGAUUUGGAACACAGGACAGAUUAGAAUUUUCUUAUUCUGGUAUUUUGAUAGGUAUUCUCCUCAAACUGCACCUUGUUAAAAGAUAAGACUUCUUUGUACCAGUACAGCAUGUAAAUUCAGACUGGAAUAAUAUAUAUCAAUAAAGUGCUCACUUUAGGCAACUUAUUUUAUUCAUUUUUUUUCUACUGCCUCUUUUAUUUUUAUAAUAACAUAUGUAGUUGCCUUUUUUUCUCAAUUUCAAUAAUUCUCAACAAUGUCCAAAUCAAUUUGUCUAUCACUUUAGUUUUUGUUUCUCACUGUAAUAUGAGAAUAAAUGUUUUUGAUUUUG